AUGACUAUAAUCAAGCAAUCCAACUUGAUCCAAAUGAUGCAAUAACUUAUUAAUUUAGAGGUGAAUACUAUAACACUUAAUAUAUUAGCCAUAUUAUAUGAUGAUAUUGGUGACAUAGAUAAAGCAUUAAGUGACUAUAAUCAAGCAAUCAAACUUGAUCCUAAUGAAGCAACAGCCUAUUUUAACAAAGGUGAAAACUAUUACACUUAAUAUAUUAGGAAUUUUGUAUACAAAUGUUGGAGACAAAGAUAAAGCAUUAAGUGACUAUAAUCAAGCAAUCAAACUUGAUCCUAAAUAUGUUGAUGCCUAUUUUAACAGAGGUGAAAACUAUUACACUUAAUAUAUUAGCCAGAUUGUAUAAAGAAAUUGGUGACAAAGAUAAAGCAUUAAAUGACUAUAAUCAAGCAAUUCAACUUGAUCCUAAUGAAGCAACAGCCUAUUUUAACAAAGGUGAAAACUAAUAACUUAAUAUAUUAGCCAUAUUAUAUGAUGAUAUUGGUGACAAAGAUAAAGCAUUUAGUGACUAUAAUCAAGCAAUCCAACUUGAUCCUAAAUAUGUUAGAGCCUAUUUUAACAGAGGUGAAAAAUAUUACACUUAAUAUAUUAGCCAGAUUGUAUAAAGAAAUUGGUGACAAAGAUAAAGCAUUAAGUGACUAUAAUCAAGCAAUCAAACUUGAUCCUAAAUAUGUUGAUGCCUAUUUUAAAAGAGGUGAAUACUAUAACAUUUAAUAUAUUAGCCAUAUUAUAUAAACAUAUUGGUGACAAAGAUAAAGCAUUAAGUGAUUAUAAUCAAGCAAUCCAACUUGAUCCUAAAUAUGUUAGAGCCUAUUUAAACAGAGGUGAAAAAUAUUACUUUAAUAUAUUAGCCAUAUUGUAUUAAGCAAUUGGUGACAACGAAAAAGCAUUAAAUGACUAUAAUCAAGCAAUCCAACUUGAUCCUAAAUAUGUUAGAGCCUAUUUUAACAGAGGUGAAAAAUAUUACACUUAAUAUAUUAGGCAAUUUAUAUAAUGAUAUUGGUGAAAAAGAUAAUGCAUUAAGUGACUAUAAUCAAGCAAUCAAACUUGAUCCUAAAUAUGUUGAUGCCUAUUUUAAUAGAGGUGAAUACUAUAACACUUAAAAUUAGGCAUUUUAUAUAAAUAUAUUGGUGACAAAGCUAAAGCAUUAAUUGACUUUAAUCAAGUUAUCCAACUUGAUCCAAAUCAUGCAGAAGCCUAUUUAUAACAAGGUUUUAUCUCCAUAUAAUAGUUUAAGGUGUUAUCUUAUACAUUUUGAAAUAGUAUGAAUAAGCAAAAAUCUUCUUUGAUAAAACAAUUUAAUGUGACCCAAAUAAUGGCGAUGCUUAUUUUUAAAAAGGUUUUAUGGUAAAUAUCUUUUAGCAAUUUUAAAAUAAUUGA